UCGAAUGCUAGCACGGUAGCACCCCGUGAAAACGUACGUGGCCUUCAACGUUAGUUCUUCGCGUAUCCCUCGCUCUCUUCACAAAUCACAACGAGACGCAAACAAAAAGAAGUAAAGAACUGAAAUCUGAAACUCGUCCUUCUGUCUGCACUUCAGAGGGCGUCAGUAUCAAAUUUCUUCGUUUCGCACGAUAAACAAAGAAACACUCGGAAAAAUAGAAGCCUCUCUUACAGCUUAUGGGUUCUGGAUUGAAGGAAAAUAUUAAGAAUCACUCUAGUGCUAUCAGACCAAAUGGGUCUGAAGUUCAUACCGAACAGAAGCAACCUUUUGUGAUUGGUGUUGCUGGUGGUACUGCAUCCGGAAAGACUACUGUUUGUAACAUGAUUAUUGCCCAGCUCCAUGAUCAAAGGGUUGCUCUUGUGAAUCAAGACUCAUUUUACCGCAUGCUGAGUAAGGAAAAGUUAAAACAAGUUCAUGAAUAUAACUUUGACCAUCCUGACGCCUUCGACACAGAUCUUUUACUUUCUUGCAUGGAGAAACUAAAACGUGGGCAAGCAGUUACUGUUCCAAAUUAUGAUUACAAGAGUCGUAGAAACAAUACGUUACCACAACAAAAGGUUAACCCAUCAGAUGUUAUUAUCUUAGAAGGAAUACUAGUUCUUCAUGAUUCUCGCGUCCGUGAUCUGAUGAACAUGAAGAUCUUUGUUGAUACAGAUUCUGAUUUGCGGUUGGCAAGGAGGAUCCAACGUGAUACUAUUGAAAGAGGCAGAGACAUUCGAACUGUGCUGGACCAAUAUUCAAAAUUUGUCAAGCCUAGUUUUGAGGAGUUCAUUCUUCCAUCAAAGAAAUAUGCAGAUAUCAUCAUCCCUCGAGGAGGAGAUAAUGAUGUUGCAGUUGACUUGAUCGUGCAGCACAUUCGUACAAAAUUUGGUCAGCAUGACCUAUGUAAAAUAUAUCCAAAUGUUUUUAUUAUUCAUUCAACAUUCCAGAUACGUGGAAUGCACACACUUAUACGUGAUGUUAAUUCAACAACGCAUGACUUUGUCUUUUAUGCAGACCGCCUAAUUCGCUUGGUUGUGGAGCAUGGCCUAGGUCACCUUCCAUUUACUGAAAAACAGAUUAUCACACCGACAGGAUCUGUGUAUAGUGGUGUUGUUUUCUGUAAAAGAUUAUGUGGAGUUUCAAUAAUUAGAAGUGGGGAAAGCAUGGAGAAUGCAUUGAGAGCAUGUUGUAAAGGGAUCAAAAUUGGUAAAAUCCUCAUCCAUGGAGAGGGUAACAAUGGCCCACGGCUGAUGUACGAGAAAUUGCCAGAGGAUAUUGCAAGCCGUCAUGUUUUAUUGCUCGACCCAAUUCUGGCUUCAGGGAAUUCUUCUGUCCAAGCCAUUUCACUUCUAGUGAGCAAGGGUGUCCCAGAGUCCAACAUCAUUUUUCUGAAUCUUGUAGCGACUCCUGAAGGGAUACAUACUGUUUGCAAGAAAUUUCCAGAACUGAAGAUUGUGACAUCAGAGAUCGACGUAUCACUGGACGAUGACUUGCGUGUCAUUCCGGGCAUGGGGGAAUUCGGGGAUCGUUACUUUGGCACAGACGAAAUGCCACGACAGCCAUGAAAUAUCAGUAUAAGAAACCGUUAAAAACACCAUUGCUCAAUAACUGUCGCUUUUCUUGGGAUAAAAGUUUUGGGGGAAAUUGUAGCGUCUUUAAACUCACAUGACUUUUCACCGUUAGCGGCGUACAUUUACAGAAGUUAUCAAUAUCAGCAUAAAUGUAAAACAUUCAAACUCA